AUGGCCGAAACCACCCCCACCCUCAUCCUCUUCUUGCUCCUCCACCUUCUCCUUCUCCCCUCCCUCCACUCCCUCCCCCUUCAAUCUCAAUCCCUAAUCCACCGUGCCUGCCUCGCCACCUCUGACUAUGCCUCGUGCACCUCCCGCCUCCGCACCCAAAUCCAUCACCCAGACCCGGACCAACCCGACUCGACCCGCAUCCUCCAUGCCGCUGCUCACCUCGCCAUCAAUGAAGCCCUCCGCUCCAUCCAAACCAUCACAGCCCUCUCUCCCCUCUCCACAACUCUUCGCGAACGGUCUGCCAUUGAAGACUGUCAAGACCUCCUCGACUUAUCCGUCCACCAAAUCAGCCAAUCCCUCGCUGAAAUUACACUGCUCAACAACGCCCACCAUGAAGCCAAUCUCCGCACGUGGCUAAGCGCCGCGCUGAGCAACCAAGACACGUGCCUCGAAGGCUUCGAAGGAACCGAUGGCCGCUUGAGACAUUACGCACGCGCCGGUCUUAAUGAAAUCACGCAACUUGUGAGUAACUUGUUUGAGGUGUAUAAGAGGUUAAGAAGCAUAAUUCCGAGGGGAAAUGAGACGAAGUGGGUUGAGAAUGCUGAGGUAACAGGGUGGAUAACGGAAGAGGAGAUGGAGAUGGUGAGGGGAGAUGCGAGGGAGAUGGUGGCGGAUGCAGUGGUGGCGGCGGAUGGGACGGGGAGGUUUCGAACAGUGGGGGAGGCGGUGGAGGAGGCGCCGGACCAUAGUUUGAGAAGGUAUGUGAUAUUUGUGAAGAGAGGGGUAUAUAGGGAGAAUGUUGAGCUGAAGAGGAAGAAGAGUAAUAUUAUGCUGGUUGGAGAAGGAAUGGGUGUUACUGUGAUUACGGGGAAUAGGAAUUUUGUGCAGGGCUGGACAACCUUUAGGACUGCUACAUUUGCUGUUUCUGGGCCGGGUUUUAUCGCUAGGGACAUAACAUUUCGAAACACUGCCGGCCCACAAAACCACCAGGCCGUGGCCCUUCGUGUUGAUUCCGACCGAUCCGCCUUCUUUCGAUGCAGCAUUGAAGGUUAUCAAGAUACCCUCUAUGCGCAUUCCCUGCGUCAAUUCUACCGUGAUUGCCAUAUCCACGGCACCAUUGACUUCAUAUUUGGUAAUGGCCAAGCAAUCUUCCAGAACUGUAAGAUCUUCACAAGAAAGCCAUUGUCGUUCCAAAAGGUCACAAUUACAGCUCAAGGAAGAAAGGAUCGUAAACAAAACACAGGCUUUUCAAUCCACAAUAGCUUUGUAUAUGCCACUGUGCCGACGUAUUUGGGACGGCCAUGGAAGGCUUUCUCAAGAACAGUAUUCAUGCAAUCGUAUUUAGGGCCAGGCGUGCAGCCUGCUGGUUGGCUUGAAUGGGCUGGAGAUUUUGCGUUAAAUACUUUGUUCUAUGGAGAGUAUAUGAAUUUCGGGCCGGGUUCGGGUCUUGUUGGGAGGGUUCGAUGGCCUGGAUAUCAUGUGAUUAGAGAUGCGGCGGUAGCGGAAUACUUCACAGUACGACGAUUUAUCGAUGGAGCUAAGUGGUUGCCAACGACAAGGAUACCUUUUACUGCAGAUUUGAUUGACUAGGUUAAUUAUGACUCUGUAGUUAUCAAUUUUACAUGAUAGCUAGCCUAUGAUUAUUUUAUAAUUAUACAAUUAUUUAAAUGGCAAAUUGUCUUUUUUUUUUUUCAAAAAAUGGAAGAAAAUGUAAUGAUCUA